GUAGUGUCUGAAGCUGGAGGACCCUUGUGGCGCGAUCUUUUAGAACCACCUGGGGUUAUAUUCUCAUCAGUUGACUGUGGAGUGCCACCGGCUGUACAAAAUGCGCAUGCGCAGAUCAACUGUUGUUCACCUGAUGAUUCCUCUAUACGAUUGUUGAUUGUACUGGUAAUUUCGGAGUGAGGGUAAAGUUGUCCACAUAUUCCGUUUUCCCCAACCAAGACGUGCAGCGGGCAGCAGAUAGCAGAUGAGCAGUUCAGAAAGAGAAAGGUGACCAAUAUGAUUCCUAAGUGGAACUGGCUGUGUGUGGGACUUCUGCUUUCCGCAUCUGUAUUGAUAGCUGGAACUGAAGACAGUAAUGCUAAAACUGAAGAAGUGGAGGGAGAAGAUCAUGAAGAAAGUGAAACCAGACAAGACAUUGUACCUUCCAUAGAGGUUGAGUACAAGACUCCUGUGCCCAAAGGUGAAGUUUUCUUUGCAGAAACAUUUGAUGAAGGAACACUGGAUGGGUGGGUGCUGUCUAAAACCAAGAAGGAUAAUACAGAUGAAGACAUCGCUAAGUAUGAUGGAUUAUGGACAAUAGAGGAGUUGAAGGAAAACACAAUCCCUGGAGACAGAGGACUAGUUUUGAAGUCAAGGGCAAAGCAUCAUGCCAUAGCAGCUAUGCUGAAGACCCCAUUUAUCUUUGAGAAUGAACCUUUAAUUGUUCAAUAUGAAGUAAAUUUUCAAGAUGGCAUUGAUUGUGGUGGUGCUUACAUUAAGCUUCUUUCUAGCACAGAUGAGUUGGACCUGGAAGAAUUCCAUGACCGAACCCCAUAUACCAUAAUGUUUGGACCAGACAAAUGUGGAGAAGAUUACAAACUGCACUUCAUCUUCAGGCACAAGCAUUUGAAAACUGGAGAGUAUGAGGAAAAACAUUGUAAGCGCCCAGAGGUUGACUUGAGAAAAUUUUAUAUGGACAAGAAGACACAUCUGCACACUCUUGUGUUAAUGCCUGACAACAGCUUUGAGGUACUAAUUGAUCAAUCGGUUGUCAGUAAGGGAAGCUUGUUGGAGGAUUUCACCCCACCAGUUAAUCCACCAAAAGAAGUUGAUGAUGUCAAUGACAAGAAACCUGAAGACUGGGAUGAUAGACCCAAGAUUCCUGACUCUGAUGCUGUCAAACCAGAUGAUUGGGAUGAAGAUGCUCCAGCUAACAUAGUUGAUGAGACUGCUCAAAAACCAGAGGGCUGGCUUGAUGAUGAACCAGAGUAUAUCCCAGAUCAGAAUGCUGUGAAGCCGGGAGACUGGGACGAAGAAAUGGAUGGCGAAUGGGAGGCUCCAUUGAUCGCAAACCCAGUGUGCAAAACUGCUCCAGGAUGUGGAGUUUGGGACCCUCCAUUGAUUUCCAAUCCCAAUUACAAAGGAAAAUGGAAGCCACCUUUGAUUGAUAACCCUAGCUAUCAGGGGAUAUGGAGUCCUAGAAAGAUUGAAAACCCUGAUUACUUUGAAGAUCCAAAACCAUUUGCAAUGACACCUAUCGGUGCUAUUGGCCUGGAGUUGUGGUCUAUGACAUCUGACAUCUACUUUGACAACUUUAUCAUCUGCUCAGAAAAGGAGGUUGCUGACAAGUGGGCAGCAGAUGGCUGGAGUCUGAAGAAACUGGUGGCAAGUGCCAAUGAGCCUGGUGUAAUAAGGCAGAUGAUGUCUGCUGCAGAAGAGCGCCCUUGGCUUUGGAUCAUUUACAUUCUAACUGCUGGCCUGCCUUUUGGAUUACUUAUACUUUUCUGCUGGCCAAGUAAGAAGAUUAAGGAAGCUGCUAAUGGUAAUGGUAAGAAAACUGAUGCACUUCUAUACAAGGAUGAUGAGGAACCUUCCAAAGAAACAGAAGAAAAAAAAGAAAUGGAAGUACAGCCAGUAAUAAAAUAUGAAGAAUCUUCUGAAAAUGAUGAAGAACAUCAUAAUUCCGACAACAUGAGUGAAAUGGCAGAAGGCAGACAAGAAGAUGAAAACAGCAGAUCAGAGAAAUCUGGUUCUGAGGCUGAGAUGAAAGAUACCGAUGGCUAUGCAGAAUCAGGUGAUGGAUCAAAAAAAAUUGUGCGGAAAAGAGUGAUACCAAAACAAGAGUGAACUGCUCUGCAGCUGCAGCUCAUUUGGCAUAUGUUUUAAGAUGAGAAUGCUUUGAACAGUGCCCUGCAGAUUCAACCUGUUUCAGACAAUGACUUUAACUCAUUCUGAGACUCUUUCUUCAUUUACAACUUGCAAUCUUCUGACUUCUUAAAAUGCCUGUUAGUCUUCCUUGAAAAUCUCCAAAGAACUGUAGUUUUAAAACCACACAGCUUUGCAGAUGAUUACUGUUACAUAUGUAGCUGCAGUUAGUUGAAGUUAUUGCUAAAAAAUGUAUAAAUGUAUAAGAUCACUUUCUCGUAAGAUACAGUGAUAUAAUGUUCAUAUGGAAAAAGCAAUGCAGAGGUAAUGCAUUUGUAAAUGGUGACUUGCCUGCCAUUUCUACAGUGCUGGGUAAAUGAUGUACCAUUUUUUUCACAGUAGUAUUCUGUUUUAUUAUUUUUAUCUUGUUUGGCAAGUUAUACACAUGAUAUUUCAAGUGUUAGACUUCCCUGUUGUCCACAGUUAAUUAUUACAUAAAGCUUUUGCAUUUUUUUAUUUAAGAAGAAAUUGAUAAAGAAGAAGUCUGAAUGCCUUAAAAAUGACUGUUCUUAACUGUGUACAUAAACGGAAAAAAACAGAGUUGUUAGCAAUGUUGAUAAAAGGAGUACAUAUACUUUUCUUUUAGAAUUUUAUAAUGUUAAUGCCAAGUUAGUCAAAUCUUUGUUUACAGUGCUUUUGAAAAUAAAUAUUUAAUAAUA